GUCGAUAUCCUUCAUCCCCCUCCCACCACCUCCGCAUGUUUUGGUUGGACACUUAACCUAAAUUACAAUUGGUUUAUUUGAAACACAAAAACUACAAAAAUGUUAUCAUUACUCCGGGGCGUUUUCCAAACGCUUCAAAUUCAAGGGCCUUUGAUAAGGAAUGGGCGGAAUGCGUUGUCGACAAGCACAACACUUCAGAAAAAGAAUUAUCUGCAGGAACCCGAGGAUUAUUCUGAUAUUAAUCUACCUGAAAAACCUAAGCUCCGAGUUAUGAUGAAAGUGCCACACGCUCUUCCCAACCAAAAGCACCGCAAGAUGAAGAAAAGUCUCCAUCUCAUAAGAGGUCCAGAGCCAGUACACAAUGCUUUACUACAUGAGCAGUAUGGUAUCAGGGCUUUGUGUGGUGGAAGAUUGAGGUAUGGUCACAUGGAAAUGAUCCGACUAACUGUAGGCCGAAAGCUUGAUGCCUCAAGAAUGUUUGCCAUUUGGAGAAUAGAUGAUCCAUGGCAACCUAUUUCCAAAAUGGGUAUUGGCAAGCGUCAUGGAGGAGGUAAAGGACCCAUUGAUCAUUAUGUCACACCCAUUAAGGAAGGGCGAAUCAUCAUUGAAGUCGGAGGGAAGUGUAGUUAUGAAGAGGUGAAACCCUGGCUGGAGCAAAUAGCUAGAUUGUUACCUUUCAAAGCAGAGGCUGUAGACAUGAAAACAAUAUUAGCCAAGAAGAAGCUUGAAGAACUAGAAGAAAAGAGAAACAUCAAUCCAAUUACAUACAAAUAUUUACUUAUGAAUAGAAUGGUCGGUACUCAAAAUUGGGCCGGACCUACUGAAAAAGAAUAUUUUGGAAAAUAUGUGUAACUAUGGUAGUAAUAUUCUUUUUUGUUACAUUUUAUUGGUCCUUACUGUUGGGAAGUAACAAAUUCUAAUGCUAUUUAAAUGUGGCACAACCAGAGCUUUUCUCAAGUAAAAUAAAUGUACAUAGUUAAAGUUCA